AUUAAUGCAAAUUCACUGCAUCUAAAACGUUAGGGGCGAAAACCGGGUGGACGCGCUGCACUUGGCCUGCACAACAUUUGCGCACGAUAUGUUUGGCCGGGUAGGGCCCGGCAGCCUACGACAAGCAACCUGUGCUAGAGCACGCAACAUGCGGGCUCUCCGCAAGCUCUCGGGCAGCUCGCCCUCCACCUCUCUCAAUGAUUUGACUCAAGCAGGUUCUAAUAGUGGGGUAGCAUCCAGGCCCUGUAGCUACCUCUCUGCACCAGCGACAGCUCCGGUUCAGCGUGAAUCGGCUCAGGAUUCCAGUUUUCUGGCGUAUCCGCAGCUCUAUGGGCUCCUAGACAGCGAACAGAUUGUUGCAGCAUCAUGCUCGGGCAGAGACGAGGCUGGCCACAGCUCCAGCGAGUCUUGGUUCGGGGAGCGCCGUUGGACGCGCGCACCCAGGCCUGGUGCGUCAGGCAAUACACCAUCAGCGCAGCAAAGUGCGACCUCUGGUCAGGCGGAUGGAUCGACGCCAACCUCGGCAUCGACUCACCCGCCGUGGCGAUUCUCGGUGAUGUGCUAUAAUGUCCUGGCGGAUACCUAUGCGCACCACUUUGCUUCCAAGCUGUAUCGCGACGUGCCGCGGCGCUGCCUCGAAUGGCCGGCCCGGCGCUCGCUACUGCUUGCUGAGAUCCGGCACUGGGCGCCGGACGUGGUGUGCCUGCAGGAGGUACAGCACUACCAUGAGUUGGAGCCGGAGAUGCGCGCGGCGGGGUAUGAGGGCCGCUUCAUGCGGCGCACGGGCCGCCGGAGAGACGGCUGCGCCACCUUCUGGCGCUCGGACCGGCUGCGCGCCUGCUCCGCCACCGAGCUGCAGUUCGCGCGGCUGGGUCUGGAGGACAAUGUGGCCAUGCUGCUCAGCCUGGCGCCGCGGGUGGAGGGCCUGGCGGGGGCGGCAGGGGCGGCAGGGGCAGGAGCGGGAGCGGAGGCAGGAGUGGAGGGAGCGGAGGGAGUGGAGCAGCAGCAGGCGGACAGGUGCUACUCGGAGGCUCUGUCGGCGGUACGUCUGCUUGUGGCGACCACACACAUCACCUUUGACCCGGCCAAGGGGGACGUCAAGCUGGGGCAGGUCCGCGCGCUGCUCACUCGCGCCUCCCAGCUCGCCGCCCACCCGCCGCCCGAGGAGCAGCCGCAGCAGCCGCAGCUUCCGCCGCGGGCCGGCAGCACCGGCAGCACCAUCAGCACCAGCGGUACCAGCGGCGCCAUCAACAGCAGCGGCUCGCACCAGCAACACGUGCCCGCCUCCUCGGCCCAGCAAGGGCUCCACCACCACCACCACACGCACGGGCAAAACCACGGGCCCCACACGCACGGGGGCCCCGAGCCGGGGGCCCCGCCGGGCACCCCGCCGGGCGCCUCCGGCGCCUCAGCUUCCUCUUCAGGGCACGUGCUUGCCGGAGGCACGGCUGCGGGCACGAGCACGGCAGCGGGGUCGGGCGCGAUCGCGGAGGGACCCUGGGCGUCAGGCGCGAGCGCCGCCGCCGCGGCGGCCGAGAGCCGCGGGCGGCGGUCCGCCUGCCCGCUGCCGGCCUCCGCCCCUAUCUCCAGCUACGAGGACGCGGACGCGUUUCAGCAUUCGCGCGGGCAGCAGCCACCGCAACCACAGCAGGCGGCUCCGGCCCCGGCUCCAGCGGGGCCGCGGCAGCAGCACCACCACGCUGCUGGCGUCCACGCCCUCACCCUCGCCCACCCCAACCCGCAGCACACGCAACACCACCACCAGCACUCCCAGCCCCAACACCCGCACCACCCUGCCCAGUCCCAGCAGCCUGUGCCCCACCAUCCCCAACACCAGCAGCCGCCUCGCCACCAGCCUCUACCCCACCAGCCUCCGCCGCUCCAGACGCUGGCCAUCAUCACGGGCGACUUCAACUCCACGGCCGGCAGCCCGCUGUACCAGUUCGUGGCGCAGGGGGCGCUGGACCUGGCCACCACCAGCAGGAAGAAGCUGAGCGGCCAGCUUCACGGCGUCUGCCACACGCAGUACAAACCCAUCUCGGAGGUGAAGCAGCUGCACGCACAGCAGCAGCAGCUGGCGGCCUCGGCCUCAGCCUCGGCGUCAGGGGCGUCGGUGUCAGCGUCGGGGGCUGCGGCGCCAGUAGAAGGUGCAGGCGCGGCGGAAGAAGCGGGUAUCGUGGUAGCGCCGGCGCCGGCGCCGGCAGCGGCGGCGGCGGCGGUGGCGGCGCAACCGCUUACGCCGUCGCCGACGCCCAUCGCCACGAUGAACGUAGGCAGCCCGACGCCGACGUUGACUUCCACGUCGGCCUACUCAGCCUCCAAGCCCUCCGUUAACCAGCACCAACAGCACCAACAGCACCAGCACCAACAGCAACAGCACCAACAGCACAGCGCCUCAUCUUGCCCGCUGCCAACCAGCACGCCUGCAGAGCUGGUGGCCGGCGGCGGCGCCGCCGCAGGCGGCGCCGCUGCCGCCGCCGCGGCGGCCGUGGCGGCGGCGGCGGCAGCCGCAGCCGCCAACAGUGGGCGCGCCGUUGACUGCUUCCUAUCCUCUCUGCACCAGCGCACUGCGGCGGCGGGCGAGCGCUGGACGGAGCUGCACCUGCGGUGCGCAAUGGGAGAGCAGUUCCCGGGGCGGGCCUCCGCCGCCGCCAAUGGCGCGGUUCUGGGGCGUUGCAUCACGCUUGCGGGCAUGAGCCCGCACGCCGCCGCCAGCAGCAGCACCCAAGCCUACGCAAGCGGCAGCGCAGGCGCGGGCGCGGGCGCGGGCGCGGGCAUGGGUUGGGGUGCCGGCGUUGGCGGCGGUGGGGCCAUCAGCCGCCACAGCACCAACGGCGUGUCGUUGGAGCCGGCGGCCCCCAUGGCGGCCACGUCAUUGUCGUCGUCAGCAGCAGCAGCAGCAGCAGCCGCAGCAGCAGCAGCAGCAGCAGCAGCAGCAGCGGCAGUGGCAGCAGCGACCGGUGGCCUCGCGGGCAGCGGCGGGGACGCAGCCGCCAGCGCAGGGGGGCGCAAGGCGUUGGGCCGGAUGCACAGCGUCCCAGCCGCCAGCCUCAACAGCCGCGUCACAGCGGACGCCGCGGCGGCGGCGGCCGCCGCCUCCACCGCCGACGCCGUCGCCGCCUCGCUGCCUGUCUCCUCGCAACGGCAUACGCUUGACAGCUGUCCGCUGAGCGCCGACCUCAGUGGUGACGGCGUCAGCGGCCGCGUCAGCGGUGGUGGCAAUGUGCCGCCGCCGCCGCUGACGUCGCCCGUCGGCUCGCCGCCAGGACCAUCUGGCCUGACCAUGCCGCCGGCCUUCACCAGCCUCGACGGCGGCUGCGGUGGCGCCGCCAGUGACGUGAGCGGCAGCGGCGGUGCUCUUGUGGUGCGUCACCCGCUCAAGCUCAAGAGCAGCUAUGUGGAGGUGGCGGCGGCGGAGCCAGCCUUCACCUCCAUCCACAACGGAUUCAUGGGAACGGUGGAUUUUAUUUGGUACACUUCAGAUCCAAUCCCCGGCCAGGCGGCGCCGCCAGCAGGCAGUGGCGGCGGCCGGCUGCCGGCCGCGACGCCGCCCGCCUCGUUUGACGGCAGCGGCGGCGCUGCGGCGCAUUGGUCGACGUCUGGGGAGUUGGCUGGUGGUCUGGUGGCGGCGGUGGGUGAGCUGGGCGGUGCGGCGACGGCUGCAGGCGUGACUUCGCUGCCGGCGUCGUGCUGCUGCGAGAGCGGCGCUGCCCACCACGCGUCGUCACCGCACGCUUCUGCGCCGCAGGUCCAGCAGCAACCCGGCGCCACGUCCUCGCAACAGCCGCAACAGCUGCAGCAACCACUGCAGCAGGCACCGCAACCGCCGCAGCAGCAGCAACAGCAGCAGCCCCUGCGCUUCCAGCUGGUGCCUGUAGCGGUGCUACAGCCGCCGGACCUGGAUGCCCUGCCUGCAGGGCUGCCGGCGGCGGGCUGGGGCAGCGACCACAUAUCGGUCAUGACGCAGUUUGAGCUGCGCGCAGUUGUGGAGUAGAGCUUUAGCUAGAAGCGAAGCGUAAGAGUGAUAAGACCGCGGCACAUUGGUAGAAGCUGCGGCUGUGUGUGUGUUUCAAGCGAGGAUGUGCUGAGUGGCGGGCUUGACAGCGAGGGUGCGAAUUUGGUUGGUAUCGUUGCGUUGUAGGCCCGGGGGGGGGUGGCGUGCCAAGUGAUCCGACAAUGAUUGGGCAAUGUGAGGGUGCGGCGGCAAUUGGUAGGUUGCGAGUGGGAACAGACUCCAAGAGAGGAAGGUGCAUAAUACUUCGACGGUGCGCUAUACUGCACGCGACAGGGAUUUAAUAAGAUGGAGGGGUGUGGCACAGAAUGGCUGCAGUCGCAGAAAUAAAAGGGCACGCACGCAGGCGGUUGGUACCCUCUUCGAGGGGAGCUGCAGUGCUGGUGUUCUUGUGAGUGCAUGAGGGGGCGGACUGGCAGUUACCCAUGUGGGUCGACACGAUUGGCCAGGUCGCAAGCGCAACCGGAGUCGAUUAUGCCUAGGCACGUUGCAUAAAAGAGAUCCGGGGAGUCACUACAGAGCUUUGAGGUGGUAAACGCGACUUGGCGUGUGGUAUUCACACAUGAGCGAGAGUUGUAUCAUGACGGUUUCGAAGUUAGGUGAGGGUCCCGUGAACGAUGCGUGGCCCUGGGGUUUGAAGUAUGGUAUUGUGGCUGUGAGUCGCUGACGCAUUGCAAGGCCGCGCGAUAUUGACACGCAGUGUGGUGGAUAUCUGCAGCAGAGUGUCAAGGACCGCGUGGGAGACGCAGGUCCUGGCGCCGCCGCGGCGAUGAACACAGAGCUGCUGCUAUGCAGGUUACAUGAGUGGAGCGGCCGCAAGAAUAGCUACGGUAUUGAGCAGGAAAACGUGAGCCAGGCGUGUGAAGACAAAAAAAUAUACCGUAUUCGAGAUUACAAAGUUUGAGGCACCAGUAAGGCAUACACGCGGCGAGGCGAUGGAGGCGGCGGGACGUGAGGACGUGCGGUUUAGUGGCCGCGCGCUGGUGUCAGGCUGUCAGCAGGUCAAGGCGUGAGCCCAUGUAAGUGCCAGACGGCGCUGGGCCUCAAUCAUUUUCA